AUUUCAUUCCUAGGUGUCUCUUUCUCUCGCUCGCAAAAUGGAAAUUUAGGGCUUCUAAUUUACUCAAUUCUUAGAGUGCAAAACAAGUCUAAAUUGAUUGAAUCUCAAUCAAACGAAGAUGGUGAAGAAUCCAAUUUCAGAAAGCAGUAGUAGUGGUUGUUCAUAUGGAAUUGGAGAAGAAAAGACAAUAAGUAAUCCGCCUGCUCCUGAUCCUGAGAUGUUGAAGAACACACCAUCGAAUAUAGCAAAGUUAGAAGAUGUAAUUGAUCAGUGUAAAGGUAGACAUAAGUAUCUUGCUCAAACUACAAGUCCUUCUGAUGGUGAAGAUGUUAGAUGGUAUUUCUGUAAAAUCCCUCUUCGAAUCAAUGAGGUUGCAGCAUCAGUUCCUCGAACAGAUAUUGUGGGGAAGAGUGAGUAUUUUCGGUUCAGUAUGAGGGAUUCUCUUGCAUUGGAGGCUUCUUUCUUGCAGAGAGAGGAAGAAUUGCUGUCUUGUUGGUGGAAGGAAUUUGCAGAAUGCAGUGAAGGACCAAGAGUGCACCACGUUGGUGCUGAAACUAAAAUGAAUGUGCAGCAACAAGCAUGCUCUUAUGGAGUUGACCAUUCAGCGGAAUUGGAUGCAGCUGAUGAAGAAAGAGUUGGUGUGCCAGUCAAAGGAGGUCUCUAUGAGGUUGAUUUAGUCACGCGUCAGUGUUUUCCUGUUUACUGGACUGGAGAAAAUCGCCGAGUGCUACGAGGUCACUGGUUUGGUCGUAAAAGUGGUCUUGAUUGGCUUCCGGUGAGGGAAGAUGUUGCUGAACAGUUGGAGUUUGCUUAUCGUGGUCAGGUUUGGCAUCGAAGGAGAUUCCAACCAUCUGGUCUUUAUGCAGCUAGAGUUGAUUUACAAGGGUCUAGUCCGGGUUUGCAUGCUCUUUUCACAGGGGAAGAUGAUAAUUGGGAGGCUUGGCUGAACUUCGGCACUGCUGGGUUUUCUAAUGUUAUCAGCUUGAGAGGAAAUGGCAUUCAGUUGAGGCGUGGAUAUGCUUCACCUGGAUCUCUAAAACCAACUCAGGAUGAAAUCCGUCAGCAGAAGGAAGAGGAAAUGGACGAUUAUUGUUCGCAGGUUCCAGUGCGCCAUCUAGUAUUUAUGGUACAUGGCAUCGGGCAGAGGUUGGAGAAAGCGAAUCUGGUCGAUGAUGUUGGAGAUUUUCGCCAUAUCACUUCCAUUCUUGCCGAGCGACACUUGACUCCCUACCAGCGUGACACUCAAAGAGUACUAUUUAUUCCAUGUCAGUGGAGACGGGGGUUGAAGCUUGGAGGUGAAAGCGCAGUCGAAAAGAUUACUUUGGAGGGUGUACGGGGCUUGCGUGUCACAUUAGGUGCAACUGUGCACGACGUGUUAUACUACAUGAGUCCCGUCUACUGCCAGGAUAUAAUCGACUCGGUUUCAAGCCAAUUAAAUCAGUUAUAUCUGAAAUUUAUGAAGAGGAAUCCAAGUUAUGAUGGAAAGGUUUCCAUAUAUGGUCAUUCUUUGGGAAGUGUUCUGUCGUACGAUAUACUAUGCCAUCAACAUACUCUAUCCUCCCCAUUUCCGAUGGAGUGGAUGUACAAGGAGCAUGUCAACGACAAAGAACCCAAAUCUGAAGGAACUAGUAAAUCCCCUGAAUGCCCUCCACCCAUAAAUUUAAAUCAUCCAAACUCCGAAUCCAUUUCCAAAAAUUUGAGCUUGGAGGAAGAAAAGUCGUGUUCGCAAGGAAGCAAUAUUUUUUCGAAGGAGGAAGAUUCCGAAGAUCCUGUUGUUUCAUCAUAUCAUCCGUCGACAUCAAAUUCGGAAGAAACAUUCUCAUUGACAAGCAAUGAGAAAGAUCAACUAUCCGAGUCUAAGCUACGAAGGGCUUCGUCGUUUGAAAAUAAUGAUGAGCCACCAGGAGACGGCCUAAAUGCCCUACUUUCUCAAAAAGAGCAGUUGGAUCUGAAAAGAGUAAAUUUCAAAGUUCCUGCCGGCGAUUUGGAUAAGGUUGAAGCGGUUAUAUCUGAAGAUAGCGAUAAAGAUACAAUAAUUAAAUUGCUGAGAAGCGAACUUAAUUCCCUGAGAGCAGAGAUAGCAGACCUGAAAUCAGAGUGUGGAGAUGAAGACCAUAAAAAAGGUCAUCAAGGUGGUGAAGAUGUAGACAGCGACAGGUUAAAGAAAUCCCAUCUACACCUUCUUCCAGAAGUAGAUAAUACGCAUAAGAGUUACAGGCCUUACAUUAGGUACACGAAGCUUGAAUUUGAGGUAGACACAUUCUUUGCAGCUGGAUCUCCUCUUGGUGUCUUUCUUGCCCUCCGAAAUAUCCGUAUUGGGAUCGGCAAGGGUCAAGAUUACUGGCAAGAUGAAAGCAUAUGCGAAGAAAUGCCAUGUUGCCAGCAAAUGUUAAACAUUUUUCAUCCCUUCGACCCUGUAGCAUAUAGGAUAGAGCCACUUGUAUGUAAAGAAUACUCCAAUAAACGCCCUGUUACCAUUCCCUAUCACAGAGGCGGGAAGAGGUUGCAUAUUAGCUUUCGGGAGUUCACCGAAGACCUAGCAGCUCGCUCUCAAAUAGUUCGAAAUCACCUACAUUCUGUAAGGGUCAAAUUGCUCACACUAUGUCAUCUGGGAGAUGGAGAUAACAUAGAAGCGGAGAGUAAUCAAGAGGCGCAAGAAAGCUCAUAUGGCUCAAUCAUGAUGCAGAAGUUGACAGGAAGUAAAGAAGGUCGCAUUGAUCACACACUUCAAGAUAAAACAUUUCAACAUCCGUACAUAUCAGCCCUAAAAUCACAUACAAACUACUGGCGGGAUCGUGAUACUGCGCUUUUUAUACUUGAACAUUUGUAUCGUGAUAUACCUGAAGAGCCCGAUUCACCUGAUGAAUCCAACUCUGGAAUUUCUGAUAAGACAACCAGCUCUAGUAACAGAUUUUAUCAAAGUUUGACCUUGCUUGACGAAGAUCUUCCUCUAACAUUCUCCGACAGGAAUGUCAUUAAGGAGUUUUCAAGGAAAGUGAAGAAACAAAUGAACAACAGGUAGUGGCAUUUUAUUGCUCAAUGGUGCCCACUGUAAAGAAGUUCCGAGGAUUUUCAAAUUCGAAGGCUGUUUCAAUUUCCACAUUACCAGGUGAUAAUUCAGUUGUUAGAUGGAUAGGUUUCUGAAGUCAAACUGUAAGUAAGUUUCCAUCUUUCAGAUUAUCUAAUGAAUUGGCGUGGGUUGGAUGUAAAUAGAUAGUAAUAAGAGGAUGGAGAAGUAGCUCUGUAUAUUUUGGCAGUGGGACUAGAAGAAGAAAUAAAACAAAUAAUAAUUUAUUAGAUUCCAGACAAAAUAAAUUUAUUGUUGGCUAAUGCCCAGCUAGAUGCA